AUGGCCUCCACCUCGCGGAACAGCUGCUGCUGGUUGCUCUGGAGACGGACCUUCCUCGCGCUGUGCAUGUGUGCGCUUGGGGCGCGUGGAGCCGAGGAUGACAGCACCUUUAACGCAGAGUCAUGGCUGAGGAUGUACGGUUACCUGCCACAGGCCAGCAGGCAGAUGUCAACCAUGCGAUCAGCUCAGAUCCUGUCCAAUGCCGUCAGCGACAUGCAGCGCUUCUACGGCCUGGAGGUCACUGGACAGAUGGACCCUCAAACCAUCAGUGCCAUGAGGAGACCUCGCUGCGGUGUGCCUGACAAGUUUGGAGGCCAGAUCAAAACCAACGUGCGGCGGAAACGCUAUGCACUCACCGGACAUAAGUGGAGCAAGAGCCACCUCACUUACAGUAUCCAGAACUACACCCCCAAGAUCGGAGAGUAUAACUCAUACGAAGCCAUCCGACGGGCCUUUAAAGUCUGGGAGGGGGUGACCCCAUUGACCUUCGACGAAAUCCCCUACCAGGAGAUCAAAUAUGGACGCCGCAAGGAGCCCGACAUCAUGAUCUUCUUCGCUUCAGGUUUUCACGGAGACAGCUCCCCUUUCGAUGGGGAAGGAGGCUUCCUAGCUCAUGCCUAUUUCCCCGGACCUGGAAUGGGUGGGGACACGCACUUUGACUCAGAUGAACCUUGGACCAUCGGAAACCAGAAUGUACAAGGUAAUGACCUCUUUCUGGUGGCGGUCCACGAGCUGGGCCACGCCCUGGGUUUAGAGCAUUCCAAUAAUCCGCUGGCCAUCAUGGCUCCCUUUUACCAGUGGAUGGAGACCGACAACUUCCAGUUGCCUGAGGACGACCGGCGGGGCAUACAACAGAUCUAUGGUCAACCAGACAGCGGGCCCACUCAGGCCCUGCCCACCGUGACGCCCCGUCGCCCAGAGCCAAGGCCACCUCAAACGCCUCCUCGUCAUCCCGACCGCCCCAGGACCACCGAAAGACCGGAUCACUACGGGCCCAAUAUCUGUGAAGGCAACUUUGACACAGUUGCUAUGCUCCGAGGAGAGAUGUUUGUUUUCAAGGGUCGUUGGUUCUGGCGGGUUCGUAAGAACAGGGUUCUGGAUAACUACCCCAUGCCCAUCAGUCACUUCUGGAGAGGUCUGCCUGGAGACAUAGACGCUGCCUACGAGAGGCACGACGGCAGGUUCGUCUUCUUUAAAGGAAACAGAUUCUGGCUUUUCAGGGAGGCUAACCUGGAAUCGGGCUAUCCACAGGAGCUGGUUGAUUAUGGCCGAGAUAUUCCCUACGACAGAAUAGACACAGCCAUCUGGUGGGAGCCAUCCGGCUACACUUACAUCUUUCAAGGAGACUGGUACUGGCGCUUCAGCGAGCAGUCGCGCUCGGCUGACAGAGGCUACCCGAAACCAAUCAGUGUCUGGGGAUCGUCAGUGCCUUCGACUCCCAAGGGGGCCUUCCUCAGCGAUGAUGGGGCGUACACGUACUUCUACAAAGGAUCCAAGUACUGGAAGUUUGACAACCACCGCAUGAAGAGCGAACCCGGCUACCCUAAGUCCAUUCUCAGAGACUUCAUGGGCUGCAACGUGGACCUGGACCCAGACAGAGACACGGACACCGACACAGGACGCAAGUACCCAGACAUCAACCGCCCACCGUUCAACCCGGACGCAGGACAUGACGGCGACAAGGGCAAAGACGGAACGGACGGCGGCGGGACGGACAAAGACGCGGGCAAAGGGACGGACAGCGACAAAGACGAAGACUACCGCGAGGGUCGCGAGGAGGAGACCAACGAGGUGGACGUGGUGCUGAAGGUGGACGACAGCCAGGAACGGACCAUGAACAUCCUGAUGGUAACCAUCCCACUGGUCCUGGUGCUGUGCAUCCUGGGACUCAUCUACGCCAUCAUCAACACGCUGCAGAGCAAAGGGGCACCGCGGCUGCUGGUGCACUGCAAGCGCUCACUGCAGGACUGGGUCUGACCCUUGACAUUGGGGGGGACGCUGAACUUUGAACUUAAAAUGGACAUUAGACACCACCCUCCUCUAAUCCAACCCUCCUCCCAGUGAUCCAUCUGUCAAGUCUCUGUGCUCAGUGGCUCCUGCAACUCAUAGUACAUGUGGUAGUAGAUCCUAUACUGUACUGAUACACACACACACACACACCCACAUGCAUACACACACAUCACCCUAACCUCCUCCUGACUCCCAUGGUGCUCUACAAUGCGUUGACUGUAGUCUAUUUAUAUGAGAGAAGUUUGCACAUUGUUUUUUUUUUCUCGUUAUUUUUUAUUUUGGUUAAUUUUGUGUGACUUUUUGUUGUUUUGUUAUUAUUUCUAAACAGGAAGGCCCUUCUAUUCUCUAUCCCGUCUGUGCACCGCCCUCCUCCUCCUUCCCCUCAUCUUAGUAGGGGCUUUUUUUUUUUUUUUCUCCACGCUGAUAACUUGACAUCUGCUUAUGCCAUCACACUUACAAAAGAAAGACAUGGAAGGGUCAGAAAAGACAGAGCGAUUUGUAGACGGACCACUAUGCUUUGAGUAGGAUUCAGUAGGGGUUCCUUCCUCCCCUCAUCGUCUUAUUCUUCAUCUUCUCUACAGUGCAAUAUGUCAUGGGGUGGGAGGUGGAGAGAAACAGGGUUUGGCCAUAACAGAUUUCACUGUAGUUUACAUUAAGACGGGUUUUGAGGCCUGCCUGAGCCCAGAUAUGAUCCUCCCUUUGCCUUCCUGUGAUGGGGUUGAGGCCGUGGCUGUACCUCUGAAGGUUGGAUCACAGUUUAGUUUGUUAGUUACACAAGCAGUGUUCUGGGUUUAAAGGAUAAUUCCAGUUUAUUACUACUACCUUUAUUUUUAACGGUAAUUUUAAUAGUAAUAAUAACAUGCUCUCAUCAAGUUAAUUGCUGAGGUCCGGUAAUGUGGCUUUAAACAAACUGAAGCCAGACUGUAAAAUGACACGCCAAACCAUCAACUGCAAACAUGAAAAGAUCCCGGGUUCUACUUUGACCUGCUGUGCUUGCCAUAGUCGUGCACACACACAGCGUUCACACACAGUGAGGGAUUACCCACUAUCGUGGCGUGCUUACUUAAACACACUUACUCCAGAUUAGAUAAUGAGUUUAACACAGGGGUCUGUUUAAAGGAAUGACAUUUUGAGAAAUACACUAAACAUCAUUUUUUUGUGGACAAAAUCUCACGACCAUAUGCUAAACACGAAGCUACAGCCAGCCGGCAAUUAGCUUAGCUUAGCAUUAAGACCUGAAGAGAGGGGAUCAGUUAGCCUGACUGUGACAGCACCUUUAAAGUCUGUCACUCAACGUGGUAUACCUUCUUUGUUUAAGUCAUCCAAAAUGUAGGUGUUAAAGGUCACCUCGAAGGGUAAUUGCGGAACCCCCUCGUUUCACUCUCCCCCCUUCCUCGUGUGGUGGCGAGGGUGAAAGGAGAAACUAUGGUGGCUGUGAAACUUGCAGAAAACGUACAAGGUCCUGUCUAGAGCCAGUAGUUGUUUGUCCGCUCUGGGCUUCUGUAGAAACAUGGCGGGCUCCGUGGUAGAGGACCCAAAAAAAAGUGUCAUUCUAAGGCAACUUAAUGUUUCUCAUUUUUAGGUUAAUGAAAACAUAGUUAUGAAUAUUAUAUUUCAUUUCUACCAUACUUUAAUUGGUAAUACAGCCCCCUAAAUCUGACACACUUUGCACAAUAGAGCUUUAGACUGAUCUGUUAGUCGUCCCCCCCCUCUUGCUUCCAGUCUUUAAGCUAACCAGCUGCUGGCUGUAGCUUCAUAAUAUGUGCACCGAAAAGAGAGUGCUAUCGAUCUUUUCAUCUAAUUCUAAGAAAAAAAAAAUCAAAUAAGUGUAUCUCAAAACGUCGAAUAAUUAUGAUUGAUCGUGUUCCUCGUCCUGUCUGGCUUUGUCGUAGCCACUUUUUAACCAUUUUUUCUCGGUAUCAGCAAUUACUCGAGCGAGUGUGAGUACAAUGUUAGAACAAAUAAAAGAGAUGGCUAUGAAAAUAAGACCCAAGUUGCAAUAAAUAGUAAUUAUUCUUAUUACUUUCCAAUUAAAUUCAGACUACCACUGCCCUGUUUUCUUUUUUUUAUCUCGUGCUCACAUAGUCGGGUCUACCUUCUUUCUCUUCCUUAUUUGGAAAGCAUUUAAAGACCUCUUAGGCUGAAAGGUAAAGUAAACAGACUUUAAAGAUGACCUCUUCCCUCAGCUUUCAUUUGUGUGGCUGGUUCUCAGAGAGCCUCCUUUCUGUCAACAGUGCUACAGAGGAGACAGACUAAUGGUUGAGUUAAAAAGUCGUCUCACUGUGAAAUAACAUGAGGGGUGUGUGUGUUUGUGUGUGCGUGACAUAAAACAAGGGAGAAACAAAGCAAAGCCACGGCCUUUAACUCCAGAAACAGGAUGUAACACCACAAACGCAACACAGCAGUGGCAGGGUGUAGCUAAUGUACCGUGCAGUUUCUAAUGGACUUUUUACUGCUCGUGUUUUUUUUUUGAAAGGACGAUUUUAGAACCUUCAUUGAUGACCCGUGGUCUAUCUGUUGUAAAUAUAGCGUAGCUGUAAGCACCAGGGUGGGCUCUGGGGCCCGCGCAGGCUCAUGUGAACGCAGACUAAUCCUCUUCAUUAAAAAACAGCAGGUGUGUGUGCAAAUGCUGUUAACCCCGUACGACCCCUAAAGUAAACCUUGAACUCUCCCAAACCAAAACACUCCCCUCACCCGUUUCAUCUCGCAACAACAGACAUGGGAAGAUGUCUGAAAAAUGUCCACCCUAAAUACUCAUUAUAUCCACAUUAAAGACCCGAUCCAGUGUUUUUAUACAUUUUAGCUCAUAGACAACCAUUUUCAAAUGCAUGCCAUGCAUUUUACACGUAUUGUCCUUAUGGAUCAUGUCAAAUUGAAUGUCAUUUUGAAAAAAAAUUAACUACAAGUUGAAAUCGUAGAAAAAUGAGUGGAAACCAAUGGCUGCCGUGGAAACAGAUGAAAAAUACAAGAUGCAAGAUAGCGUCCCUCUUUAAGAUAUUCAAAAUGUCUCAGUGAGAGAUUUGAAAUGAUCUCAUCAUUAUUAUUAUUAUAGAAAAAAUUCAAUUUUGAGUCCACCAACCAGCCUAAAAUGAGAGAGCGUGUAGGAGUGGAUGACUUCACAGUGUGACUUCAGAUAUGAAUGGGAAUGGGAAGGCUUAUCUGUGGUAACACCGGCGAGUAAGCUGCCAGUCUGACCAGAGGGGGCUCAGCUCAGCUGGCUCAGGUUACACAGAUGUGGACGGGGAGGGUGAGGAGCUGAGACAAGGGAAAGAAGGGGGGAGGAAGGCCUGACCUCGCCUCCCUGAGCUUGCAAAGUUUAGAUCUCAGGAAUAAGGAGGGGUGGGAAGAGAGAGAGAGAGAGGACUUUGAUGGCUCUGUUCCACUGGCACCAGCUCAUGUGACCCAAAUUCUGCUGCUAGGGCAACAACAGUGCUAGCCAAAGAGGAAACUUAAGUUUACAGUAGGCGACAGUCCUUUUUUUUUUUUUUUAGGAAUGCUUGCCUUAAGUGCUUUGCUUGCAGAUGUGUAUGUACCUCAUGACUUGUUUUGAGGCAACAUUAUGUGAGAUGUGGUAUUCCCCUCUGGUUUCAGAGUGCAUUUGUUAUGAUUCAAUUACUUAAAAGAUCCAAAACUAGCCAGACUUUGCUAACACUGGCCUCAAAUCCUCCUCCUCCUUUUCUGAGCGGUUGACUUACUCCAGCAACAAGUAAAGCUUUCUGCCUGUCACGAAACCCUGUGCAUCAGAGGGUUAUAUAUGAGCCAUUCUGUCCCUAAAAUGUGAUCCAUUUUCACCAAAAUCAGCCACAUAGUCCAUAGUUACAAGGCUUAAAGCUGCACAGUGCAAGGAACAGUCAUGUGGCUGAUGACAGCACCAUCAAAAUGAUAGUGACAGUUAUUUUAAGGUCGAAAAGUUACAUAAUGUUGCUUUAAAAUCUCCAUAUUGGUUCCAAUUGCGCGUCACUAGCAGUUUUUUUUUCCCACUUUGUCUUUCUUGUGUGUCACACUGUAUGUUGACAGACAGCGCCGAUACAUAACACCGCUGUUCUGUUAGGCCCCUCCGGCUAGGUGAAGACAGGUUGAGGGGAGACACCUAUGCGGAUGGAGUUAACAGGACACCUGUACUGAAAGGAAGGAAAAAAAAAAAAGGAAGAGCAUAAUCAGCCGUCACCAGAAGUCUGGAGAUCGAUCUGUGGCCAGUCGAUAACGGUUGCCAGGAAACGGUGUCCUGUGUCCAUCGCUCACCUCCUCAUCGUCAGGCUUGGGGAGGAGGAGGAGGGGGGGUUGGUUGGUUGGCGGACGCAACUAAUCAACGUUAAAAGCACCCUCCCAACCCCCCUCUGCUCUCUCCUCUCUCCUGUCCUGCUCUUCCAUCGGUCCUACAGGCACAUCAAUGAGUGCUUGGACAGCGUUAGCGUCUGGACAGGCUCAGAAAAUGCCAACUCAUUGCACUAGACACACCGUUGUGUAUGGAGUGUGUCUUUACCAACACUCCCUUUUCUCCUUUAUAACCUCCAACACAGGGAGAGCCCAGGGGGAGUUAACCACUUCAAAGCUUAAAUAACCGCUUCAAAAAGUCGAGCGCACCUCAAGUGAGUUCGCCUCGCCCGAAAUCACAAUCUGGGUGAAUCAGCAGUUUGAGAGAUUCUCUGUAAGGUGACACGGACAGAGAUUGAAUUUAGUGGAGUUCAUUGUCUCGGGACACCGAGCCCGAAGAGAAAUAUUGAAAGGUUAGGGCAGAAAUCUGUCGAGGCUGAUUGAUGCUUUUGUGUUUGUGUCGAGGUGUUCAGUUAAUCAGCUCUGCUCUCCAUAAGCGAAGUCUGUUUUCUGACUGUAAAUCUCUCCCCCACUCUCUCCCUCUCUCCCCCUCCCCUCCGCAUACUCGGCCCAGCCCUCCAAGCCCAAGGGGAUCAUAAUAACAACAAUGGCCUUCUCUCUCUCACUCUCUCUCUCGCUUUCUUCUCCCCCUAUUUACUCUCUCACUAAUACACACACACACACACACACAAACACAUUAUUGUCUUCCCCCAACCUUACCUUCCUCCCCUCCUUCACCCAUCUCCUCCCUCCUCACUUAGGAAACUAGUCCAGGCCAAGGUCCAGCCUCACACAACAGAGUCUGUUUUUAGAUCAACCUCCUUGUUCAGCAACAUUUAACACUGGGGAAGGAUUCACUUAAAAACAGCGGACCUGUCAGGUCUUGAGUUUGGUGAUGGCAGACUUGGCAAAGUUGCAAAGUUGUUGUUUUUUUUUUAUUUUUUUAUGUUAAUGCCUUGUCUGGUUUUGAAGUGCAGGGCCUCGAUGCAAAGUUUAGGUAAGGUUAGAGCUCGUCUGAGCUUUCAUCUCUCUCAGGAUGCGUUUCUGUAAACACUGCAUGUUAAGCGUUCAUUCAGCCCCGCUGUUUUGGCUCCAAGCGUGGGCUUUACUUUCUCUUUUUUUUAUUUUUUUUAUUAUUUUAUUUUAAUGAACAUCUCUGUUAAAGUCUCUACAGUCAUUCAGAAGGCAGGUAUUCUUCUAGCUGUGUCUGUGCACUUUUUGUCUUUCAGCUUCCUGCGGUCACUGUGUUUCCCCCGCACUUCCUAAAAGCUUAAAAAAAAAAAAAAAAGUCAUUGCAUCAGCCGUGUGCAAAGUCUGAACUGUACCGGGAAAAAGAGUAACACGAUCAAAGCAGAAAAGAGAAAAAAAAAGAGAAAUCUGACCGACGUGACGCUCAGUAACUGUUGUGUUUCAUUUGAGUCAACUUUGUGGCUUAUAAUGGCUCGAGCACAGAGGAUUGCGGGUUGUACAGUUACUCCUUUUUUCCCCCCCAGAGUGCAUCACACCUUGCUCAUUGAGCCCAUCCACUCUGAAACCAUUUUCAAAUCACCAUACGACUAAGUGAACUACUCACCGCUGGGGAUGGAACAAAAAGGAUGGCUGAAGAAUGACUUUGAGGAUCUGUGUCGUGGCUUCGUGCAGCGGGUGGGCUCUCGUUGUGCUCUGGACAGACCGCCGAGCGGCCCCGCUUAAGAAAACUGUUUUCAUCCACUAACUGCAGCUACAGUAGAGAGUAGAUUUUGUUGGAUUCAGCCAGUUGUGUGCUGAACAAUAAUAGUGGAACUCGGCAUCUCACACUUGAACUUCUCUUCAUUACUACUUGAGUAAUGAUUCAGUUACAUUAUGAAAAGAAAACAAACAAACAAAACAAAAAAACAUGACCAUCAUCCCUGGCUGGGAUGAGAUGGGAGAACAAUACAAAAAAAAAAAGAAAAGAAAAGAAAAGAAA